GGGAGGAUGAGGCGAGACAGAAAGUAAAGUCCGACAUCAUGCCAUCGCGCCGCGCCUCACUGGCCCCGCGCCGCCUGGAGAGUAUUGCUGCAAGCACAGACACAGACCCCCGUCGUCGCGCCAGCGUCAAACUAGCACACCUUCAGGUGGAACAUCUUCAUUCCGAAGACGAACGACCGGUGGAGGAAGGAGAGGAGGAUGAGGAAGAGGAAGGAGAUGACGAAGAGGAUAUUUACCAAUUGGACUUGCCGUCAGCCGAGCUCUGUGCAGAUUAUUGGCAGAUUCACAAAAUGGUCAAGUACCUGAAAGUUGGAAAUGCCAUCUGCACCACCAUCGCGCUGGUGGGCCUCAAGGACUGCGGCUUGCACCAGGAAGUGUGCCAACUGGCUCUGAAGAUGGUGGGUGGUCUGGAAGUGCUGCUUAAUAUCCUGAGAACGAGCAACCUGAGAUGCAACAUUGGUGCCCUGCAGGUGCUAGAAGCAGCCUGCGGCCACGCGUCCACGCGCGCCACGGUGCACCGGCUUGGUGGUCUGCAGGUACUACAAGGAUUGGUAGGACACAGCCACGUGGAGGUGCGGGGUCUGGCAGCUGCGGUGUUGGCUCAAGUGUGUGCUCUACCAGCAGCGCGCGCUGCCCUUAUCAGAGACGACGGAAUCCCUAAACUGGUUGCCCUUCUUCGCACUGACCCAAACAUGCUUCUAGCGGACCAUCAGCAGGCAUCUGCUGUUGAAGGGGCGGCGCAGGCCUUAUGGGCGUGCACUGUAUCGAGAAGUGGUCGCUUGGCAUUAUUAAGAGCAGGUGGGCUGGAGCUGUUAGGCAGUCUGCUCUUCGUCUCCCGACAAAGUCUUCUUGUUCCUGUCGUUGGAGUAAUUCACCAGUGUAUAACUGAGGCAGCGUUCCGGCAACGUGUUGAAGAAGCAGGUUACACAUCAGCCCUCGUGCGGCUGUUGCACGCCUCAUCUGCUAACCUACAAGUGCUGGCUACGAAGGCUCUUGCCAGGUGUUCAGUGUUGGAAGCCACAAGCGCCCGAUUAGUGCGAGAGGGUGGAUUGAAGGUGCUGGUGACUUUGUUAGGUCGAGAAGGGCAGUCGUACGUGGAUGCCCUUGUGGAAAAAGAUCCCUCCUUCGCUCGUGAGUCAGGGUUGACAGGUGACCCCCCAGGCCCACCACGCUCUAGGAAGCAAUCAGUGAUGCCGGAGACGGGCAGCAGCAGCGGCGGAAGGAAGGGAUCUGGGCAGCUUCCUGCAGGUCUCGGAUCAGAGGUGGAAUCAGCGGUCGGGACAUCUAGUGGUGCUGAGGUGGAAGGUCAGAAGGAUGUCGAUCUACUUGACAACAAAGCUGCUGGUCAAGGGGUUGGGGACAGUGAGUUGUUGGAGGCCGUGUCGGAGGCUAUAUGGCAUGUGUGUCUCCUGCCCGACCAUGUGACCGCCGUCAAGGACCUUAACGCUGUGCCCAUCCUGGUGGCUCUCCUGCAGCACAACGACGAGAAGGUUCUCACAAACGUUGUUGGUGCUUUGGGCGAACUAGCAGGAGAUCCGGAGUGUUGCCUCUUCUUGCUUCGUGGAGGUGGUGUCACCACCCUCAUUCAGUUGCUUCGUCGGACGUCAGACAAACUUCUUCUCAACGUAACACACGCCCUUGGCUCAUGUGCAGCUGAUGAGGAUGCACUGAUGGCUCUCUUGAAGCAAGAUGGUUUACGGCUCCUAUGGUCUCACCUAAAGAAUCCUAAUUGUCGUAUUCAAGCCUCGGCAGCUAAUGCAAUAUGUACUUGUCUGCAACAAGAGAGCGAAGGUCUGGCAGAAGUAGUGAGGAGCCUGGUCGGAGGAAUAGAGCUCCUGGUGUCGUUACUUGAAAGCGAGAGCGAAUCAGUCUUGUCGGCGGUGUGUGCAGCCAUCGCCAGAAUUGCCAGGGAUCCCCAGAACCUUGCCAUCAUGACGGACUACGGGGCCGUUACUUCCCUCUCACGGCUGGCUGUGAGGGAAAACGACAGUCUACGCCCAUUCCUCGCAGAGGCAAUCGCUGCUUGUUGUGUGUCUAGGGAGACCGGCCUGCUGUUCGGGCAGGCAGGAGCAGUGGCGCCGCUGGUGCAAUACCUUGAGACAGACGACAGCACCAUUCGGAGGCCAACCUGCCGAGCAUUACAUCGUCUCUCGUUGGAGCCAGAAAACUGUGUCACUCUCCAUCAAAGCGGCGCCGUACCGCUUCUCCUGGAAAUGCUGGGUUCUGAAGAUGAUGUAGUUCAGGAGGCGGCGGCCGACUGUUUACGCAACAUUCGCUUAUUGGCAUUACGUCGCUGUCAGGCUCAUUCCCGUGGCAGCAAGGCACGUCCAUCCUCUAGGCGAUGAACUCUGAUACUGGCAGUUCAGUCGGAAAGAACGUUAAGAUAACAUUGUUAGCAAUCAUACUUUCAAAAUAAGAGUGUACACAGCUAAUUUGUAUAUAUAUAUAUAUAUAUAUAUAUAUAUAUAUAUAUAUAUAUAUAUAUAUA